AGACUAGUGGUCGUAUAUAAUUAAAUUAUUAUGUUGAUGAAUCUUUAGUUGGUAAUGAACCUUCUUAUACAAGGUUUUCAGACCUGACAAUCCUUUGUAACAAAUAAAUUUAAAAAAAUUCAAAAGUUUCAAUUAUUCGUAAGAGAUGAUGGAACUUCGUUGAAGUGUAAAUGUAUAUGAAAUUGUGUGCUCUACUAAUUUCGUUUACACUAAAUUAGUAUUGAGAUUAACAGUGAUAGUUUAUCGUGAUUACAAAUAAAUGUUAGGUGACAGCUUGCUAGAAGCAAAUUGUUAACGUAAACUGUGUGUAGCGGAACUUUGUUACUGACAUAAGUCAGUAAGUGAAGUGACAGUGUUUAGUGUCCAAAUUUUUUUAGUGUUUAAUUGUGACAUUAAAAAAAAAACAUUCAAAAUGUCAGGUUUUGUGAAGUUAGCCAUAGAUGACUAUUACUCGGACAGUAAUUGGACGACAAUUAUAAACAAAUAUUGGAUGUUAGCGGAAAAGGUUUCAGAUCCAAGAGUACAAGGAUGGUUCCUGUUCGAUACACCGCUGCCUACGCUGGCGAUGGUCAUAGUCUACCUGUCAAUCGUGAUGGUCAUAGGCCCUCUAUGGAUGACAAAUAAAAAGCCAUACAAAAUACAAAACACACUAGUUGCUUACAACGCUGGACAAGUUCUCUUGUCAUCUUAUAUGUUUUAUGAGCACUUAAUGUCAGGAUGGUGGGGUGACUACAGCAUCGCGUGCCAGCCGGUUGACUACAGCGAUAACGAGCAAGCGAGAAGGAUGUUACACUUAUGUUGGGUGUAUUACUUCUCGAAGCUAUCAGAGUUUGCGGACACUGUGUUCUUCGUGUUAAGGAAGAAGAAGAGUCAGAUCACGUGGCUUCACCUCUACCAUCACUCGCUGACGCCGUUCGAGGCGUGGCUACUUGUCAAAUUUAUUGCUGGUGGCCAUGGAACAUUCUCGAACAUCGUGAACAACCUUGUUCACAUCAUCAUGUACAGUUAUUACAUGGUGGCAGCCAUGGGACCGCAGUACCAGAAGUACUUAUGGUGGAAGAAACACCUUACAACCCUUCAGCUAGUCCAAUUCUUCAUGGUGCUCUUCCACUCCAUAAGCGCUCUGGUAUACGACUGUGGUUAUCCAAAACUCAUCGCGUCCGGGCUGAUCCUGCACUCGACCAUAUUCAUAGUUCUCUUCAUGAACUUCUACAUGCACGCGUACGACAAAAAAGUUGAGAAACCAGUGGAUACGACGAACAAUAAUAAUAACAACAUUACAAACGGACACAACAAAUGCAACGGCCACAUAAAAGAAAAUGGCGAAGCGAAUGGUCAAAUUGGGAAUGGCGAAGUCCACGCCAAUGGCGUAUGUGCCAAUGGUUAUACGAAAUCUAAAAAAUGCAAUAACGGUCACAUCCAGAACGGAUACACGAAUGGCCACGCGGUGAACGUCACAGAUAAAGAGAAAACACAGUAACUUGAUUUUGUCAUACUGUUCUCUUCAUUGUUGAUACAUUGUAACGUAAUUGUGAGUACUAUUUCUUUGACGAAAUAGAUUUGCUAGAUAAUACAUUCAUUGGUGGUAUUAUCACUGCCAAAGAGAAACUGCGGUCGGUGUGGCGUCUUUAAAGACGAUUUCAUACCAAAAGAUCGCAGUAAUACACGGAAAUUGCAUAUUGAAAAUUCAAUGGUUAAACAAAUUAUAUUGGUGUUAACUAUUGAAUUUCAUCUAAUUAGUCCAUUCUGAGAUGUUCGAAAUUAAAUAUAGUUUUAAGUAACUGGAUAAUAUAAGAAUGAUAUGUCAUUCUGUAACAUUCUAUCUAUAAAAAUUGAUUGUUAACCAACUUGUUUCCAAUUUAACCCUUUAUUUUGAACUACCUCAUAAUCGACUCCCCUUUUUACCUCCUUUUUAAGUUAUAGUUUCAAUUUCCGUCCAGUAAUAAGCUUUAUUUAGUAAUAGAUAACAAUAAUUGUACAGUUUAAAUUAUUUUGUCCGGUUAGUACAAGAAUAAUAUUGUCACUACAGAAAAAGUCAUUCAAAUGUCUACAUCGUUUAUUCAUUGAUUCUUAACUAUUGAUCUUGAAAUACAAAUAAUAAGUUCAGGAAGUAAUAUAUUUUAAAUUGUUUUUUUUUUUUAUUUUCAUUUGGAUUUUCAUUUGCAUUAUUUACACAAAUUUUGAUCAUAUUGGUAAUGGUGUCAUUAUGAUUUUUUUUUAUUUCAAUUAGUAGAAGAAUAAUGUUGUCAUUUAUUUUAAGUGUAUCAUAUAAUGUAAUAAACAAUGAUUUAAAUAAUUAAACGUAAUACUUUCUAAAUUGUUUUGUGAUAUUUAGAUUUUCUACUAUAAUUGUAUACAGAAAAAAGAACAUUAAAAAAAUUAUGAGUGAAGUAGUUAAAUUAUGAAAAUUCUACUAUCGUUGUUUACGGAAAUUAGAAAUUAAAUAGUUCCAUUAUGAAAAUUCUACUAUCGUUGUUUACGAAAAUUAUGAAUAAAAUAGUUAAAUUAUAAAAAUUCUACUAUCGUUGUUUACAGAAAUUAUGGAAAAAAUUGUUAAAUUAUGAAAAUUCUGCUAUCGUUGUUUACAAAAUUAUGAAUAAAAUAAUUAAAUUAUGGAAAUUCUAGUAUCAUUAUUUACAGAAAUUAAUAAUUCUACUAUCGUUGCUUAUGCAAAUUAUGAAUAAAAUAGUUAAAUUAUGUACUUAAAAUUAGUACAAGAGAAUAGUCGUCAUAUGUACAUUUGUAUUAUAAAAUACUGCAGUAAUGAAAUUACAUUUUCCGUUUAAUUGUUCAAAGAAUUUAUGAUCUGCUUGGUAAUGGUGUAAUUAUGAAUAUAUUAUACUUUCAUCUAUAUGUAAAUAGCGUAUUAUUUUGUAUGGACUUUGUACAUAGAUUGUAUCUUAUUAUGAGAUAGGUAUAUAGAAAAAAAAUUGGAAAUUAUGGCAUAAUGUGAUAAUAAAUAUGUAAGCUCAUACUGAUCGACAGGGAGUUCACCCCCAUACCUAAAAGAUGUUUCCUCCCACGAACGCUCAGGUUAUGGAAUUAGCUCGCUGUCGAGGUUUUUCCAAGAGACUACAACAUGGGGUUUUUUUACAAAAAUAGGUGAGGUAAUUUCUUCAAGGUCAGUAACGCGUGCGUAAUGCCCCUGGUAUUGCAGGCGUUCAUAGGCUACGGUAACCGCUUACAAUCAGAAGGGCCGUAUGCUAGUUUGCCACCUCUGUGGUAAACAAAAAAAAGCUCAAUAUUAUCUUUAGGUCUAAAACGAUCAACCAUAGAAGACUUGUAAUGUCAGAAUAUUAAGACGUUUAUUUAAAAGUUUGUCAAACGACACGACGUCGGCAUUUUGUACUCAUUUAGACCUCAUGUAUAUAUUUAAUAAUUCCAAAUGGGAAACGGGAAUGUGGAUUCUCUUUACAUAGAAUGCCAAUGUUUUACAAACAUACCAGUCACUUUAGCGAAUUUGUAUUAUCAUUAUAUAGUAGGUGUUGUACACACUAUGUCUAGACUAAGUAAUAUAAGUGAUAUAAUUAUGAAAUGUACACAUUAUAGGCCUAUUUCGAAAUAAAAUGUCGGAUUUUUUUUUUAAUUGGAUAUAUUUAAUAUGAAAAAAUAAAAAGGGUAUUACAUUUU